UGCCCGUGAUGUGUUAAUGUGUAGUGUUGUUGCGCGUGCAUACGCUUAUCUCUACUUUUAUUAUUAUUAUUAUUAUUAUUAUUAUUAAAGUCGUCGGGCCGCAGCUGGUAUUACAAUAAUAUAACGUACAACAGUACUGAUCAACCACGUAUGCGGACGUCGCGAACAAAAUAUUAUCACAAUAUAUAUUAAAUACGUAUUUAUUUACAGUCUCGCGCGCCAGCCGUUCGCCGACGACAUUUUUCUCCGGCAAUCGCACACAUCAAUACGAUAUUAGGUACAUUUUUUAAUACGAGAUAAAAAAAAAAACGACCGCCCUUCACCCACCCGCUCGAGGGUACACACGAGUUGGGAGGUUCCGAUCGGUUUUUCCGACCGCCGCUGGACGUCUCCCGCCGGAGGACACGACCUGUCGCACACGACGCACGGCCAUAUAAUGAAAUAAUAUAUUAUAUACUAUAGUUAUAAUCUUCGCGUAAACAAUCGUCACUGCCGUCCCUUACUGUCCCGUUGUCAGGCUCAAGCGGUGCCAUCGCCGCGUCGCCCGUUUUUCGUCCACGCACAGGCCGUCCCAGUGCAGGUCACGGACCGAUGGCGGCCACCACUACGGUCGGUUACGGACGGACCGAGCCCGACGGGCCGUACGGAGGACGGUGCAGCGCCGAUCCGCCUGACAUCGAGGAGCUACUCCGGUUGAACCCUAAACCGUUGGCCAACUGCCAAUGGACAACGACUGUGGCCAACGAUGGUGGUACGGCAGCAGGAGGAAAAGGAGUUGGAUUGAUGGCCGCCGCCGGAUCCGGACUGGCUCGGGCCCGGGCGAUAGUCAAGCCUUCCGCGGCUACGGUCAUGGACCGUCAUCACUAUAAACGCAAUUCUUCGUAUUCCGAGGACACAGCGGGCGUCGUGGAUGGGUGUGCCAGCGGCCUAUGGAACAAGUGGUGGACGGACGUCAAGCCAAGCACGCUACGAGGCGGUGAGAAGGCAGCUGUUCGGGAGGCCCGCCGUUGCCUCAAAUGUGCACACGCUCCGUGCCAGCUGUCGUGUCCAACAUCUAUCGAUGUCAAAUCGUUUAUCACGAGUAUCGCUAACCAGAACUAUUAUGGAGCCGCCAAAACGAUCCUGUCGGACAACCCGGUGGGCUUAUCUUGCGGCAUGGUGUGCCCGACGAGUGAGCUGUGCGCCGGUUCCUGCAAUCUGGCCGGCUCGGACGGCGGACCUAUCAACAUUGGUGGACUGCAGCAAUUUUGUCUGGAAGUGUUCAUGGACAUGGGAGUGCCUCCUUCAGCCAUUUCGUCGGACAGCGAUGGCGAUGACGACGAAGAGCGGGAAGAUGGACUGCUGAAGGCUCGUGGUCAAAGCAGAUUGGCGCCCAUAGCAGUGGUUGGCGCCGGUCCGGCAGGCCUGACGUGCGCUACGUACCUCAACCGGCUUGGGUACCGGUGCGUAACGGUCUACGAAUCGGGUGCGUUCGCCGGUGGCCUUAGUGCCUCCGAGAUACCAGAGUACCGGUUACCGUGGCGGGCAGUCCGUUGGGAAAUCGAGCAGAUGGUCGAGCACGGUCGAGGUGGCGUCCGCCUGGAGUACGGUCGUCGGUUAUUUUCUUCAUCCGCCGGCGACAGUAGACCCGGUGAUAUUACGCUAAAGGACAUAUUAGACGGACCGGAUGGCGCAAAGGCCGUGUUCGUGGCUGUCGGCCUACCGGAACCUCAACUUCCGGCCGAUCUCUUCCGCGACGUCGACGUCAGCGGAACGACGGCGGCCACCCAACAUUUGGGUGUGUAUACUUCCAAAUGGCUGUUGCGCCAGGCUUCCGGGUACUCCAAGCGAUUGCCCGACGGCCGGGGAGGAUGUGGCGGUAGCGGUUGCGGCGGAAGUACCGUCGACGGCGGCUGUGGCGCGUCGAAGCCGGCCACCAUGCCCCCGCCACCGGAUUUCCGUGGUAAAACCGUACUUGUGCUGGGCGCCGGUGACACGGCCAUGGAUUGCGCAACGGUUGCGCUCAGGUGCGGCGCCCGUCGCGUCCGCGUCGUCUUCCGACGCGGAACACCCGACGUGCGAGCCGUCCCGGAAGAACUGGAAGGAGCGAUGCGCGAACGUUGCGAGCUGGUGCCCCACUCGCAGCCGGUUCGGUUCUUGUUCCGCAAAGUUCCUGGUGGCGGUGCCGAUCGGAUCCGAGCCGUGCAGUUCCGCCGAACAGACGUAGAUGACCUGGAACCAUUGCAGGGCUCCACUGACGAUGAAGACCACUCGGCCGACGACCUGUUCGUGUUGCGCGCCGAUUGCGUCGUCUCGGCGUUCGGUUCGCGGUUGCCGGAAGAAGUGGCGGCGGCGCUGGCGCCAUACGCAAGGGUAGACGGACGCACCGGAAGAGUGUGCGUUGACGCUCAAACCGGCCGCUGUGAAUGGUGGACGGACGAUGGCGACAGAGUGGCUAACGAAAAACAGGAACCUCGUGCUCCUCCACCGGUGUGGUGUGGUGGCGACGCUUCUUGCGCAACAGGAUCGACAGCUGAUCCGUCGCAGACAACGGUAGAGUCAGCCAACGACGGAAAAACCGCGGCGUAUCACAUACACCAGUAUCUGCAGGAAUUAUACGGUUACCGUAGCCAAAAUCAUCAACCAUCCGUUUCGAGACCAAUGCUGCCAGGAUUCCGAACAGCAAUCGACGACGUGGACUUGUCUGUCCGGAUGUGUGGAUUGCGAUUCAUGAACCCGUUCGGACUGGCCUCAGCGCCGCCCACGACGAGCGCUGCGAUGAUCCGCCGUGCGUUCCAAGCUGGUUGGGCGUUCGCCGUCACCAAAACGUUCGGACUGGACAAGGACUUGGUAACGAACGUGUCACCACGUAUCGUAGGACUGGGUGGUCACGGCGUGGGAGUUGGUUCGGCUGCUAGUGGCGUAGGACCGGGUACUAUCGGUGCCGGAGACUCAGACGUGGCUAGAAAUGCUUUUUUGAACAUUGAACUGAUUUCGGAAAAGACAGCCGCAUACUGGCUGCGCUCCAUUCGGGAACUGAAGCGCGACUUCCCGCAGCACAUCCUAAUUGCCAGCAUAAUGUGUGCCUACAUCGAGAGUGAUUGGACACUACUGGCCGGGUUGGCGUGCGACGCAGGUGCUGAUGCGUUGGAGCUGAACCUGAGCUGUCCUCACGGCAUGGGCGAAUCCGGAAUGGGUCUGGCGUGCGGUCAGGAUCCGGUGUUGGUGGAGAACAUUUCGCGAUGGGUCAAGCGGGUGGCGGUGCGACCGGCCAGUGACGGUGAGACGCCAACGGCCGUGCCCGUGUUCGUGAAAAUCACGCCCAACGUUACGGACGUGGUGGCCGUGGCUCGGGCGGCAGUGCGACUAGGUGGGGCCGACGGAGUUACCGCGGUCAACACGGUAUCGGCCCUCGGCCCGUUGGACGUGACCGGUAACCGCGGUCGACCGUGGCCGGGAGUCGGCCGAACCGCUGCGGAAACGCCAAGAACCACGUACGGUGGCAUGUCAGGCACUGCCGUCCGGCCGAUGGGAUUGAGGGCCGUGUCGGCGUUGUCCCGAGCUCUGGGGCCCGACAAGACAGCCGGCGGUGACGGAGGACCACCUGUCCAAAUAAUGGCCACGGGUGGCGUGGACAGCGCCGCGGCCACGCUCCAGUACCUGUACUGUGGAGCCAAAGUCGUGCAGGUGUGCAGCGCUGUCCAGAACCAGGACUUCACCGUCGUCCAGGACUACAUCACCGGGCUCAAGGCGUUGUUGUACAUGAACGGAGGUGGCGGUGGAGAACGGCGUCGCCCCACGGCAGCGUUGGUCAAAGACUCGAUCGACCUGUCCGACGACUAUGAUGUCGUAUCGACAGCGGCGGCGGUGGCCGACAAAAGCGGCGGAAAACCGAUGUUUGGACCGUACUUGAGAAACAGGCGCUGUGAACAGGCGUCUUUUGCGGCAGCCGACAUGGUCGACACAAUCCAGGGUACCAAAUCGAAUGGAGUCGAUCGGAAGCCGGAACUGGCGGGAACGGUUCCGGCACCGAAAGAGACCGACGACGGACUGGUUCCAGCUGCGGCUUCGACGCCUGUGGAACUGGUUGUGGGCCGCGCUUUGAAAGCCGUCGGCGCGUACAAAUCGCUCGACCGUCGCGCGCAGGUCGUGGCUCUGGUCAACGAGGACUCUUGCAUCAACUGCGGCAAAUGCUAUAUGGCUUGCAACGAUUCCGGUUACCAGGCGAUUUCGAUGGACCCGAAAUCACAUGCCGUACACGUCCAACCUGAUUCGUGCACGGGCUGCACGCUGUGCUUGACGGUGUGUCCAAUUCCCGGUUGCAUCAGCAUGGUCGAAAAGACGGUACCACACGUGGUGAAUCGAGGACUGGGACUCCGCCAGCUCGUGUCCACGUAUUCGUGUCCUAACGACGGCGAAUACAUUGGCCAGCAGAGCUGCUCCCAGGAAAAUGAUGACCGCGGUAGUCCGGCAGUGGCGACUCAGUGACCGUCACGACGAUGAUAUUCUCGUCUCUGAAAACAAUUGACCUACACUCAUCCCCGAGAUCUAUGUCCGCGAGUGUUAAAUCGCACAACUGUGCCGACCGGGUCAAAUAAUAAUAAAUAAUUAUUAUAACGUCGAGUUAUAAAUAUAUACAUAAUAUUUUAUUAUACAUAUAUAUUUAUUCAUUUUACAACGAAAAUAGGAUUGUAGUUUGUAGUUACAUCGCAAUGUUACGCUUACUUUGUUUGUAUUAAAUGUGGCUGUAAGUUGUAACUCUAUGUAGUAUUAUGAGGCUACCUAAUAUAUUAGGUACUAUUAUCGCGUAUACGUAGGUUACCAACGCAUUGUACACAUAGGAGUUAAGUACUCAGCGCACCAUUUACAAUAGUGUAUAAUAUAUUUGUAUUAUUAUCUAAUUAAUUUGUUUUAAAUGAUUUUAAAUAAUCGCCAAUAUACAAUAAUAGUUCAUGUAAAAACUCGUAAUAAGUGAUCAUGUGAUAUCGCAAUUUUGCAAUGUACAUUAUUUAUAUUAUAUUAUAAUAUUAUAUAAAAUAUUACAUACCUAUGCGAACACAAUGUGAUACAUAAAACUAUAAAUUCCAAUGGCUCAUGUUUAAUGUUGCUGAAGCCUUAUAAUAAUAAUACAUAAUAAAAAACAACCAUAUUUGCUAUUUAUUAAA